UCAUCCUUUGUGUUCACCGACGUUCUUGCAGUCAUCACCACCGCAAACAACGCGCGCAUGUUGAAAAUGCACUAUACGGACCAAUGAAAUUUACGCACAAGUGUUGUUACAUGUGUAAAUGUUUCGGGGUUGGGGGAUGGCAUGGGUAGUUUAAGACCGCGUAAUAGAAAUUGUGCGUGGGUGCAUGGAUGAUAGCGCUGCUUUGUAUUGUUGCCCCUGGCUGCUGAUGCCCCGCCUCUGAUGGAAGCCUUAAACCUGGCACCAAGCUAAAACAAACGAAAGUCAGCUUCGAGCUCCCACUCAAACCAAUUAAGGCGGACUCCAGUGCACACUCAUACGUUUCCAUCCCGCUGCAGCGACACUGAAACAACAGGAACAGAGAAGCUGGCCAAAAAAAGAAGGAAAGAUUGCCUUGCCUUCUAAUUUCUCCCUUUCCAACACAGAACAAUGUCGAUGAGCCCUAAACAUACGACUCCUUUUUCUGUAUCCGAUAUCUUAAGUCCUCUUGAGGAGAGCUACAAAAAAGUGAGUAUGGAGGGGAACAACUUGGGGGCUCCUCUUGCUUCGUACAGACAACCUCAAGUCACGCAAGCGGCGAUGCAGCAGCACCACAUGGGCCACAAUGGAACAGUACCCGCUGCCUACCACAUGACUGCAGCUGGAGUUUCCCAGCUGUCACAUUCAGCAAUGGGGGGCUACUGUAACGGGAAUUUGGGUAACAUGGGCGACCUGCCGGCCUAUCAAGACGGCAUGAGAGGCAGCACGACGGCCACCAGCUGGUACGGAACGAAUCCGGACCCGCGUUUCUCCACAAUCUCUCGUUUCAUGGGUUCCUCGUCUGGCAUGAAUAUGGGGAGUAUGAGCACUCUGAGUUCAUUGGCGGAUGUUGGUAAAAGUAUGGGUCCGUUGACCAGCACACCUCGGAGGAAGAGACGCGUUCUCUUCUCUCAGGCGCAGGUGUACGAGCUUGAGCGACGAUUCAAGCAGCAGAAGUAUCUCUCUGCACCGGAAAGGGAGCACCUGGCGAGUAUGAUUCACUUGACUCCAACUCAAGUUAAAAUCUGGUUUCAAAACCACCGGUAUAAAAUGAAAAGGCAGGCCAAGGACAAAGUGUCCCAGCAGCAAAUGCAACAAGACAGUGGUUCCUGCCAGCAGCAGCAGCAGUCUCCACGGCGGGUGGCAGUGCCAGUGUUGGUGAAGGACGGAAAGCCAUGCCAAGGCGGCAGCCAUACUCCCAACACUGGCAUACAAAACCACCAUCACCAAGGGGGAAACGUCAUGAUUAUGUCCAAUAGCAGUUCUACAAUGGGCCAGCAUCAAAAUCAGCAGGUAGGCAGUGCGGGACAGUCGCCAGAUCUGGGUCAACACACCGCAAGCCCACCAUCUCUCCAAACCCAGGUAUCCGGCCUGUCACACCUGAACUCUUCCGGUUCCGAAUAUGGAGCUGCCUUACCUUGCUCCGCUCUGCUUUAUGGUAGGACUUGGUGACAACGGAACAGACAAUAACAUUAUAACAGAAUAUUAUACGGAUCCAGAUAAUCUGUAUACUGUAUUAAAAAACGAAUUUUGACCAUACGAACAGUGAUUGCGCACUGAAAUCAUUGUCUCCUUUAUGGAGGGAGAAGUAAAAAGGCUGCAAGCAACACGAGGAUUGCCAAAUGACAAAGGUAUCAAAUCUUUUAUUAUGAGGAUGAGCGCCAAAACACCAUUAAGAAGAUGGAAUUAUUUAUAUACGCUAGAUAAUAAAAGCAGACUGAUAAACACUAAAUUACAUUUUUUUUUCUGUUGGAUUAAAAAUGUUUCGUUCAACAAUGAAGACGUCUCCAGAGUUAGACUGAUAAAUAACACUGAUUUCUUAUAGAAUUCACUGUAAGACGUAGCCUGUAUAUUUCUGUAAAAGAGUUGGAGUGAAUGCAUAGUUUUUAGCGAUAUGUAUAUUGUACAAAAUUUUUAUCGAUAUUAAGGGUCACAUGUUUUUUUUUCAUUUCCAUUGUUAUUUGUAUGUUUAAUUUACUUGUAACUUAUAUAGAUAUUUGACUUCAAAGCAUUCCUACAAUCAUAUUAAUAAAUUAUGACAAUAACAAGAAAAAUAAUUACACGUUUAUUGUAAUUUGGGUGCAAGAAUCAACAUCUCGGCGAUGCUACAAGUCGAACCUGACCAAUUAAACAGUUGUUUCAAGAGUUAUAAAACGAAAGCGAGUUUAAAAAGCAACAAAACAAGCGUUUACAAAUAGAAUUUACAUUUGUAAUAGCUUUCCGAUUUUAAAACGGUUUGUUGCCAUUACAAUCGACGUUUUUAUGUACUGUUUGUACUAGAUAAUCCCUCAUUGCGACAAUGUUGAACAGGUUUCUUGUAGCCUUUUUGCAAAGUAAGAAUGCACAAAGAUAUGUUGUUUUUGUGCGUUUCAACAUCCAUGCACUCAUGGCCUUAGUAGCCCAAUUGUUAUGGUGUUUUUAGCGUUAUAAAUGUUGUGCCGUGCCUAAGCAUGAUUAUAAAAUUGAUACAAACACCCCAGAUCCAUUGCAAGGAGAACCACUGCUUUGUGCAAUUUAAUUGCGUUGCUGGGCCAAAUGUCACAAAGCCAAAUCAAACAAAUUACAGUUUUCGUUCCCAAGUUAAUUGUAUUUAGUAAAAAUAAUGAAUUAUCGUAUUUGACAUUUUCGAUCUUUUUACCAAGACGUAAAAAGAUCUCUUUCUGGAGCGUGUUCAUUGUGAAUGAGUCAGUGCAGGUGAGGUCCCCACUCCUUUAAAGAAACUCACAUCAAACAAACGCUCAUGAAAGCUAGCUUAUCAAUCACAUCGCUGUACAAACAACAGUAUUUUCCUAAAUAACUUUGCAAGACGAAAUAAACGCACUUAUCAGAGCACCAUCCAUCAAUACCGUGUUUGUGAAGAUCAGAGGUAAAAUCAAACGCCCCUCGUGUUUACGUAUUGAUAAAAGUUCGUAAACAUCAGUGAUGGGUGAGGUACGAUUGACUGUUGGCAUAUUUGAAAGUGUGUAGUCUCUGUAUUUGUGCGGCUUGCAAGAACAGGUUAAAGUGCAUGUUAUAUUUAAGAGAGGAAAAACGUCAUGCAACAAGGAAACACUUUAAUCUAAUUUGAAAAUGACAACGAAGUUUGACAUUUCAUUUUUGGUAAAGCACCCAAAAGAAAUUUAGACAG